AUGGAAGACGGAGAACCUUCGAAUACAGGCAUGGAAGAUGGAGAAGCUUCAAAUCACCUUUCGGAAAAACUACCAAAAAGGGUCUUCGGCGAUGGUUGCUACCCCGUUGGUGCUCGGUUGAACAUAUAUUCAAAGGCCAAUGUCAUUGGCCUCCUUGUUGAGGCGUUAAAGGGUACUGAAGAUCUUGAGAAGCUACUUCAUUCCCAGUUUGGGAAGUUAUUUUGCAACAGCGCCAAACUAGUCCAUGCCCUUCUAUCACGACAACUUGUGACCACGAAAAAACACGAGAUUUGGUUCCUCUUUGGUGGACAGCCUCUGAGAUAUUCGAUACGGGAGUUUAAGGAAAUCACUGGAUUGAAUUGCAAUCCCGAACCUGAUAGCACAGAAGAAGAAGAAGAUAUCGGAAAGACAGGAAUCUGGAAAGACCUGUUCGGAAGAGCGACCGCUAUAAACGUGUUUGAUGUGCUUGAAAUGCUAAAGGACCCAGAUCUACCCCGAUGGAAACGGCUUCCAUUGGCCCUAAUCGUUCUUGUCGACGGUGUUCUAUUUUGCAAUAGCAAAAAUCUGGCCCUCACCGAGAAAUACGUUGAGAUGUUGACUGACUUGGAUAGGUUCAUGCUGUAUCCAUGGGGGAGGGUAUCCUUUAACAAAACAGUAUCUCGUUUUCAAGCUCCGAAGGCAAUCACGGAUGCCGAGAAAAGGGAGAAUCCUUUAACACGAUUGCGCCGUCAACUUAAACAGAAAACUAGUGCAUGCUAUGGAUUCCCUCUAUCACUACAACUCAUGGCCCUCCAAUCUAUACCAAUGUUGGUUUCCAAAAUUCCUCAACCUGAUAACUUGAAGACUUUCGUUGAAGAUCCCGAAAGCUGUCAAAACGUUAUCACACUAUUGCAUCUUGGGGACAUACUUGCCGUGGAAUCCGAUCCUCUGUUGUCUGUGAAACAGAUGGUAGUGGAUGAUGGUGACAAUGACCAACAGAAUGAAUUGCGUUGGGGAGAUGAGGUAGAGGAUGCCGAAGUUGCAUUCAUGCAGGAACUCAUGGCCGAGGGGUACAAAUUCACACCUUUGGAUAUUGCAGUGGCACCGACACCUAUCGUGGAUCUUAGUGAUGCAGAGGACGAGGUUACCAAUGAACAGGAACCUGAGCCAUCCACCCGACCGAAGAAGAAACUGAAAACUCAUCAAACUGAAGAACGUAAGAUGCAGAGGAAGAGAGGCAGGGGCAAGAACUCUUCUAAUCUAUCGGAAGAUGAAACCCCUCAAAGUGGACAGAUUGAAGAUCUUAAAAGAUGGAUAGUAAGUCAGAAUAAUUUGCUCCUUCGUAAGAUUAAGACAGAGUUGGACAAGAGAUUGGGCGUAUACCAACAUGACGAAGAAGAUAACGAUGUACACCAGUCAAAAGAAGAUGGGGAACAGGAUGACGAAGGACAGAAUCCAAAAAAAGGUGGUCAAAAACCGGAUGAAGAUGAAGACGAAGCCGAAGAUGGAGGUGAAGAAGGAGGUUAUGAUGGUGCACAGUCUAGCGUACGCCAUGAUGAUGGUGUACACCCCCAAGAUGGUGUACACCAGAAAGAAAGAGAUGAUGAAGAAGGGACCUCUACUUACUACGGCCCAGACCAUUAUUCUCCCAGGGACCAUGCGUACUUGAAGACUCCAGAAGCUCCGACGAAGACCCCUGAACCUGAACAAGCCAAUUCAGGAACAACUCGUCCACCUCCUUACUUCGUCAAUCCGGAUGAAGAUCCACCUUCUGGCCUCAACGAGGUGGAUAGUGGUAGAACAAAUUUGGUGUCAGGCACCUUAGUAGUCUACAAACCUCAGACUCCUCACCCAUUGAGCUACGCAUAUAAGAAAAAUGAAGCGCAGACAGAUGCACUGGAUGCACAGGCUGUGGCUAAUGAGGAGGACUCAAAUGCGGGGAAAGAUUACCAUACUGCGCCUGAGGAUGCAAGUGAUGCUUCGCAGAAGACCCCUUGUACUCCAGAACCCCCACAAGAAGUUGAGGGAUCGUCUGGUGUAAAGAGAAAAAGUAGAGGAACAGGAAGAGGAGGAAGAGCGAAGCCUACUGAGUGGGUUAACACGAUGCACAUGCAAGUCAUAAUGGCCAUGCUUUGGAGACGUAGAGGUGAAAUAUACUUGAAAGACAGGGUAGCAUUUGUAGAUACCUUGUUCAUAUCCAUCAUCGGCAACUACUACAACGAUUUCAUAUCUGGAGAAAAAAAUCAGUAUGACUGGGGGAAAACCAUUCAGGGCAUUGUAUUGGGAAAACCUGCAAAGUGGGCUAAUCAACGUCAGAGGCAAAUGUUUCUACGGUUUGUGGACGUUGUAUACGUCCCGAUGAACUGUGGGUCUGAGCAUUGGGUGGGCCUUGUAAUUGACUUUAUAAUGGGCAACAUAAAGAUUUUGGACUCAUUCAUCAGUCAUAAUGAUGAAGCGGCUGUGGAGCAGUAUACGGCGCCCGUGUGUCAAAGUAUGCCAUUUAAAUUGAAGCGUUAUUUGCAUAGCAAAUUAACGGAAGGCCUACGUACCACCCCUUACACAUGGAGUCGUUUGGAGGGCAUAUAUCAGAACAAGAGAUCCGGUGACUGUGGCCCAUGUGCGGCCAAAUUCUUAGAGAUGCAUGCUGCAGGGCUUGCAGUGGAGGAUAUGGGUUUGAUAACGGACGAUGACGUUGACAGGUUAAGGGAGAAAUACGCCAUGGAGUCAUACGAAGAGUUUGUUGGGAAUCCGGCUGUUGCCAACACUUAG